AUGGUCUCCUCCAAGAACGUCGUCUUCGAUGUCGUCGGCACCCUAAUCAGCUACGACCACCUCUUCGAAGCCAUCGACGCACGUCUCGGCCCCCGCCUGCGCGAGGCCGGCAUCCAGCCCAAGCUCCUAGGCUGCUGCUGGAUCGAGACGGCCGAGCGCGAGUACACGUACCUCAGCCUCUCGAACCGGUACGUCUCCUUCCUCGAGUGCAUGAACGCCCUCUUCUACCGCAUGCUCCACUACUCCGGCAUCUCGGAACCGCGGAAGUUUUGCACCAAGGAAGAUGUGGAGUAUCUGAUGGCUGAGUGGCGGAAACUGGACCUGCGCCCCGGGGCGGCCGAGUGUGUGAGUAAGUUGAGGGAGGCUGGAUUUACGGUAUGGUGUUUCACGGCGGGGGAUCUGGAGAGGGUGGGGGGUUAUUUUAAGAGGGCGGGCGUAGAUAUGCCGGCGGCGAAUUUGUUGAGUUGUGAUACGCAGGGGAAGGCGAAGCCGAUCCCUGAGGCGUAUAAGCCGAUUCUGGAGAAGUUUGCGGAUGGGGAGGGCAGGCCUUGGUUCGCGGCGGCGCAUAUGUGGGAUGUUUCGACGGCAAGGACGAUUGGAUUCAAGGGGGCCUACACUACGAUCCUGGAGGCGGAGCCGCUUCAUGAGAUCUUUGGGGAUAUGGAUGUGGUUGCGCCGAGUCUGCCUGAGAUGGCGGACGCUAUUAUUGCUGCCGAGGGUUAA